GGCCAACCGCCAGCGUGCAUCACUGUUCUGGUCUCAGAGUCUGCAGCUGCAAAAAUGUCCAUAUUGUGUCUGCAUUCACAACUACAGCUUUUAGUAACUCCUUAGCUGCACCCUCAAAGGGAAACAACCUUUCAGCAGUUGAUGCUGUUAGCUGCAAGGUAAGGCGAAGAAGCUCUAAUGUGACAGCUGACUGACUGAGAGGAAUGGCAGGAGAGACCACAGGCUCUGAUUAGACUGGCUGUGUGUUGGAGGUUCACAGUGUGGAAAUAAUGUCGUACAGUAACAGAGAGCUGGUGGAGUUCUUUAUAAGCUAUAAACUGUCUCAGAGGAACCACCCAACCUCUCUACUGAGGCCGGAGAAUGCCGGUGAAAGGACUGAGGGAGACAAGGCCAACUCAGCUGCCAGAAACGGCUUGCUGGCCAGCAAGAACACAAGUGGCCAGCCGGGGACGUCUUCGUCCUCAGGCGCUGACAUAGAGGCUGUAAAGGCAGCUCUUCGGGACUCGGCAGAUGAGUUUGAACUGCUCUUCACGCAAGCGUUUAGUGACCUUUCCUCGCAGAUUGACAUCACUCCUGACACGGCCUACCACAGCUUUAAAAGCGUGAUGGACGAGGUGUUCAAGGAUGGAGUGAACUGGGGACGUAUAGUGGGCCUGUUUGCCUUUGGCGGUGUACUGUGUGUAGAAUGUGUCGAGAAAGAUAUGAGUGAGCUGGUUUCCCGCAUCGCAGACUGGAUGACCAUGUACCUGGAUGAGCACAUCAGUCCGUGGAUCCAGAGCCAAGGAGGAUGGGACUGCUUUGCUGAGGUUUUUGGGCGAGACGCCGCCGCAGAAGCGAGGAGAUCUCGGGAGACUCUGAGUAGAUGGCUGCUAAUUGGGGUGGCGCUGCUAAUGGGAGCUGUGGUCGGGGUUCUCAUUGCUAAGAAACAUUGAAGGCGCUGCAUCUUGUUCACCGCGGCACACCCUGUGUAAUGCCAACAAAAGUAAAACUAAAUAGUUGAUGUUUACAAAAAGCCUAGUCCGCUUGUGCACUGACAGAAUGUGGAUGGCUGAAGCAGAUUGUGAGAGUAUUCAUAACGUGUAGCUUGGUGAGCUGUUAUACUUCUCACCCCACUUUGUCCUGUGUCUUUUAUUUUUUUAACACACAGCAGAGAUUUUCAGUUGUUACUCUCCGGACUGGAAGUGCUUUAAAUGAACCUGAUAAGCUAAGAGACAUUGAAACAUAUUCAGCUGGUUUGAUGAGACUGCUUAUUUUUAUUUUGCCCUUUGUGCGUUAUCCAAGGACCAAUUUUUACUACUUACAAACUGACAGCUGACAGAGAAUAUAAGUUAUAUUUCCUUUUCACUGUGUAAUGCUCAGCUCAUUUUGUUCGCUGUACUGGAGUUUUAAGCAUGCUUCAAAAAAAUAAAUAUAUUUAUGUUUU